AUUCUGAGAUUUUUCUUGUGAGAAUUACUACAGUUAUAUUUAUUUUAUUGGAUAAUGAAUUAUAAUUAAACGAAUUUAAAAUGAAUAGUUCUUUAUGCAGUUUAAUAUAAGAGUACUAUUAUAUGCAUUUAUGUAUCAGAGAACGUAGGAUCAAAUAAUCGCUUUAGAGAAGUCUGAAGUUUUUGAAUUCUAAUUUUAAAAUCUUUGAUUUCUUUUUCAUAUUUAUUAUUCUGGUAGAAUUUUCUAAUUAAUAAAAAUACAUGAUGGCUGUGAAUGAACAAGAAUGGAUGAAAGGUCAAUGGAAUGGAAAAGUUUACUACAGUCCGGCACAGUGGAUGAAAGGUGAUUGGAAUGGUGAUUUUUUCUACGAGUUAUGUAAAUUGGGUGAUAUGGCAUGUGUGAAAUUUUGUAUGGAUAAUGGUUUGAUCUCAAAGAGAUAUGAAUGUCCGAAAUGUGGUGAUGAGAUGAAAUUAUCUGAUUAUAAUGGCGUGUUAUGGAUUUGUAGGAAAAAGGGCGGAGCAGAUCCUCAUCACAUUAAAAGAUCUUUAAGGAAAGGAACAUGGUUUCAAGGUAGCCAUUUGUCAUUCGGACUCAUUUUAAGAUUGACUUAUAUGUGGCUGAACAAAAUACCACAAGAAAGUAUCAUAAAUGAUUUAGGUAUUGCGAGUCAAACGGCAUCAGAGUGGAAACAUUUUUGUAAAGAAGUUUGCUUGGAUUAUUGUUUGAGAUUUGAUGGCCAAAUUGGUGGAACUGGGUUGACUGUUGAUAUUUACGAAGCAUGGUUAAGUGAAAAGAAGUAUAAAAUAGAAAGACGUGCAAAAGGUAACAGUGUGUUUGUUGGUCUUGUAAGACAUUUAAACGAUUUUUUUGUUGAAGUAGUUGAGGAUAGAAGUGCAGAAGUGUUGAUUGAAGUUAUAAUAAAAAGAAUUAUUCCUGGUUCAACAAUACUCAUAAAUUGUGGCUCUUUGUACAGCAGUUCUCGUUCUCUAUUUGAACAGUUGGAAGUACUUCAUAAUGUGACAAUUAAAGAAACACAACAAUCAUCUGAGGGAAUAUGGUUUAAAGUAAAGCUAGCACUCCAGGGAAAUGAAUUUCUUGAUGGCGAAUUCAAUACUGAAGUAGCUGAAUAUAUUUGGCGGCGAAGAAAUAAUUAUAUUAUGACUCAGAAGGUGCAAAAUUUCUUGAAAACAAUAUCUGAAUCUUUUCCUCCAAAAUCAAAGGAUUAAAUUAAGUUAUAAUAUAAAAACUCUCCAAUUUACUUUUCCUAAGUCUUUUGCUCUACCUAUUUUACUAAUAAAAUCAUCUGCUGGAUACAAGAUAACUGAUGGACAAUUCAAGACUUUUUAUUAUUUCUUCAAGUAAACUUGAAGCAUUUUGUAUUUAUCAUUUUGAACAUGGAACUCAAAUCGUAGCAAUAAAUUCAUCCAUUUCCUUUUAGAAAAACUGUUAUUCUGUUGUUUGAAUUUUAUUUCAAGAAUGUUGUCUUCAUUUGCUCUAAAGUAUUGUCUGGCUCCAAGCUAAAAACAGAGUACUGUACCAAAGGUACAUAAAUAGCAUUUUCUGGAUUAUCUUCAAAAUGUGAUGAAUAUUCUGUAUUUUGUUUGAAAGAACAAUGGAGUUCUGCAAAUUUUUGUGAAAACUUCAAAACACCUUUAUUCAAGCAGACAUGACCAUCAAGAAUUUCUUGGAAUGCAUAAAAAAAUACUUUUUUAUCUGAUGUAGGGGGCAGCAAUAGUUAAUAAGGAUUUAAUAGCAAGGUUUGAAUUAUACUUGUUUCUAAUUCUACUUUAACCAGUAUACAUCAUGCCGCAGUUCUUUCUUUCAUUAGUCCUGUUUCAAAAUCUGCCAACCUAUUGUACUAGGAUUGUAAAGUAUGUAAUAUAACAUAUGUUAUUACAAAAUUUUUUAAAGAAACAUUUUGAUUGAACACAGUGACAAUUGUAAAAAUUGACGAAUAAUGUUGCCUCUUGAGGAAUUAAUAAUAGUUUUCUAUUAAGUUGCUUUGAUGAGUCUAACAGAUGUUUAGCACAUUGUCCAUAGACUUUGAUUUGUGUUUCUUAUAAUUCUGAAAUAAAUGUAACAUUUAUUGAAGAUUUCAGGGGGAAAAUUAUUCUUACAUUAUAGUUUUUAUAAUAUUUUGUAAUUUAGUAUUGUAUAUUUAAUGAAACGCUUAAAUGCUUCACUUAACUUCGUAGGUAUACCAAUUGUGAUGCUUCAGAUUAUUACAUUUUGAGAUGAAAUAGUUGGAGAUUUGUAAUUAUUUUACUAAACCAUUAUUUAGAAUAAUUUUGCUGUGUUGCAUUUCUGACAAGAAAUGUUAAAUGAUUUCAUUAAUUUUGUUUCAUAUUUGAAGAUUGGUAAUUAUUUUGUUAAAUAAUUAUUUUAUCAAAUCUUCAUUUAGGAUAAUUCUUAUGUGGUGCAUUUCUGAUGUGAAAUGUUAAAAUAUAUUCGGUACUGUGCAAAUUAACUGGGAUAAACGCAAACAUUUUCACAAUGUUGUUUAAUUAGUAUAGCUUCACUUACACGCAUGGUAUGCAAUCGAGUAGCAAAUAUGUCCUCCUCUAGUUUUAAUGAGAUACUGUACAUGCUUUGGCAUUAACUCCACUAAAUUAUAACAUGAAUUUUUGAUGCCAUUAUGAAAUGUUAAAAGAUAUACAGUACUGUGCAAAUUAAUUGUGAGAAACACAAAAAUACAGGGUGUCCCAAAAAAUGUAUACACACUUUAAAUAAUUGUAAAUUUGGGGUUUAUUAUAAUUCGAAUAAUUUUCAACAUGUAAAAGAUUCAAUAUCAUUCUAUUGUCUUGUUAUCGCAUGUUCUCAAACUGAUGUCCGUUCUGCUCCAGACACUGCUGACAACUCAAAGCGAUGGAAUAGCACACAUGAUGGAACAAUUCCCUUGGGAUAUUCGUACAUUCAUGUUCAAUGGUUGCCCUCAACUGAACAACUGUUGCAGGUUUAUGGACGUCCUGAACAGUUCUAUCAGCUUUAAACUUAUCUCUAAUUCGAGUGAUGGUAACUCGUGUAGGUGAUUCUUUGUUAAACUCCCUCUUAAAUUGUCUUUGCACUUCUACUGCAUUUUCAUACUUCCAGUAGCAUUUUAGAAUAAAUUUCCUUUCUUCAAAUUCAAGUCUGUCUACCAUCACUCGGUUCAAUGGGUUCAGUCCGUAAAGAAAGAAGAAAUAACUUAGUUAUCAGCUGCUAAAAUGUGUAUACAUUUUUUUGGGACACCCUGUAUAUAUAUAUCAUUCCUAUAAGAGUUAUGACAAUAAAAAUAAAUUGUGGUAAAUAGGCAUGUGCUAAAAGAGAACACAGAAGUUCUAAAGCCCAGUUAUAAAUAGAUUAUUAAUGGUGUUCAAAAUGGAUAUGUGUGAAGAUUUUGUGAUCUGCUGGAUAUAAUUUUUUUAUUUGGUUUUAUUAAAUAUGAUUUAAUCCUUUCAUUACUAAUCCAUUUUUGACUAUCUUCAGAAUUAAAGUUCUGAUUAUUAUGAACAUCUAAUUAUGUUAGUAACUAAAAAUUGUGUUGAAAUGUUGAUCAUAUAAGUUGUAAUUAUAUAAAUGUCUAUUGAUGUUUUAUAACAUUCACAUAAAUUAUAAGCAUAAGCAGUUAGCAAAUGUUCCAAAUUUUAGUUUAUGAAAGCUCAUGAAAAUACUUUUUCUUUCCCAAGUAUAUCAUAUCAAAAAUAAAAUUGUUAUAGAAAAUUGAUUAGUAUAGCAUUUGUAAAGAUUGUUUUUGUCUGGAAUGUCAUGUCAAGAACAACUUCAACUGCGUUUCUAAAAUAUUGAUGGAUGUUUUUAAAAAUUUCAGUAGUAGUUCUGUGUUUACUAUUUUUAUAAUUUCAGAAGAAAGAGUGGGUUAUAUUAAUAUAUUCGUGAUAUUUUUUUGCUAAACAUGUUUUAGAAUACAUGUCACUGAGAAAAUGGAAAGUUGUAUAUAUGUUACAAUUUGCUAAUAAAAUAUUAAAUAAU